AUGCAGCGGGCCGGAUGGAUGAGGCGUGGCCUCUUCCCCCGCGAGAUGUCGAGUUCCUCCGCCACGUUGUGGACGCGAGCUGCUGGCAUUGCCUCCUCUGCCCGGACGGCUCGCACAUUCUCGAUUACCGUGACGCGACGCAGCAUCGAUUCGGGGGCGGGUCCCAUCGAUAGCGAAGUCCUUUGUUCCGAUGCGGUGCCAACGCUGCUGCAAACGACGCCGCGAUCGACUGCCGACGAGGAGGGGCAGAAUUUCGGCAAGAUCAACGAUACCUUCGUUAAUUGGACGACCAAGGGCUUCUUCACCAUCCACGGCGGUCGCCUCCACAACGGCGUUGGCCCCGCCAACUUCAACCCCCUCGCAGAGCGCAAGCCCCUCUACCUCAAGAACGUGGGCGUGUUCGCUUCGAUGGUCGACGUGCCGGUCUCUCUUCCCUGGUCGGACGGUGCCAUCUCGAUGUGGGAGAAGAUGCAGCCUCUCGAUUCGUACCAGAUGGACUCGGUGAUGCGCAAGCGAGCACGCAAGAUGAACAAGCACAAGCACCGCAAGAAGCUGAAGGAGUCUCGCUUCCUUCGAAGGAAGCUCAAGAAGGCCUAA